UGGGCAGGGGUAGAUGCGUCGUAACAAACGCACAUGGAAAAGCUUUGAACCAUGUAUGCUCAUUGCACAUCCUCCUGACAAAAUGUUUUUGCAGUGUUUAAGAAAUAAUUGGCCUGCGCAGUUUUAAAUGGAACAAUAGGACAUCCUGGACAGUCACGUUCGAGCCAGCUGUCAUGUGGCAUGAUGACAGUUGGAACAAAGAUGGCGUGCUUUGACUGUUCGGCUAAGAAUCCUAGUUGGGCCAGUAUCACCUAUGGAGUGUUUCUCUGUAUAGACUGCUCAGGAACACACAGGUCAUUAGGAGUGCACCUGUCAUUCAUCAGGUCUACUGAGCUGGACUCUAACUGGUCCUGGUACCAGCUGCGAUGCAUGCAGGUGGGCGGCAAUGCCAGCGCGAAUGCCUUCUUUGCCCAGCAAGGCUGCACGUCCAAUGCCGCCAACACCAAGUACAACAGCCGAGCCGCUGCGCUCUACCGCGAGAAGAUCAAGACCUCGGCCACGCAGGCCACAAGGCGCUUCGGCACUGAGUUGUGGCUGGACAGCCAGGCCCCCCUCUCUCCAACAUCUCCCGUCAAUAAGGAGGAGGAUUUCUUCAGUAUGCAUGCGCAGGCAAUCCCUGAUGAUCGUAGCUCCGCCCAACCUAAUAUAACAAGCUCCGCCCAGAUGAAUCUAAGCCCCACCCCAGUAGAGGAACCCUCUACAAAAGAAACUGAGAGAGACAAAAACGGUAAUACAGAGGGUCCCAGUGUUGACGUGCUAAGUAUGUCUCCUAAAGAAGCCUUAGAGUCCUCCUCUCUUCUCAAGAAGAAACCAACUGGGGCCAAGAAAACAUUGGGCGCUAAGAAAGGUGGUCUUGGGGGUAAGAAGGUGAGCAAACAGAGUUUCUGUGACCUAGAGAAGAAAGCACAGGCGGUAGACAAACUCAAUGAGAGAGAUACAGCACCCACUACCACCAAGAACAGCCCCCAACCAGCAGAGGAAUCUAUUGGUGCCUCCAUGAGACUGGCCUAUAAGGAUCUGGAGGCGCAGCAGAGGAGUAAUACAGAGAAGAUGAAGGGGAUGGGGGAGAAGAAGAAGGAGCAGGCUGAGAGACUGGGCAUGGGCUUUGGAAGCAGGAGUGGAGUUUCUCACUCUGUGCUGUCAGACAUGCACACUAUCCAGCAGGAGAGCCCAGUGGGGUCCAAGCAGCCCACUAAGAGCCGGAGGUACACAGAGAAGGAGGAAGAGGAGACUGACGAAGGCUCCUUUACAUCCAGGAUGUCGAUGACCAAGUUUGAUGACCCGACAGAAUCCUCUGACAAGUUCUUCUCCAAUUGGAGCGAGACGGGGGAGUCUGGCUGGAGGAAAGAGAGCAGGAAGCCAGAGCCAGACUUCUACCUGAGCACCAAGAGUUCCUCACAGGACGACAGGACCGCAGCCCGGCGGAAAGCAGACCCGGUCCCUGUCUCAGACUCAGGCGACGCCCGCAAGAAGUUUGGGGACGUCAAGGCCAUCUCCUCUGACAUGUACUUUGGCAAGCAGGAUGACUCUGAGUAUGAGGCGAAGACUCGCUUGGAGAGGUUCUCUGGAAGCAACUCCAUCAGCUCAGCUGACCUGUUUGAUGACCCAAAGAAACAGGCGGCCAGCUCAUAUCGUCUGACCAACAUGCUGCCCAGUGCUCCAGACAUGUCCCAGCUGAAGCUGGGUGUCCGCUCUGCGGCCGGGAGGCUGUCCGUCAUGGCCAGCGGAGUAGUCACGUCCCUUCAGGACCACUACAGUACGUGAGUCCAGUGUGUGUACCUGUGUUAUGACACACACACACACACACCCUGUUAGGUCCCCUGGGUAUUGGAGUCGGUAAACAUCCUUACGGGAGAUGGACAAGUUCAGCCGUGCAGGAGAGGGAGAGAUAUGGGCGAGAGAGAGAAUUAGCGACAUUGUGUAGGCCAGAACAUAGGCUGUAGCUAUAUAUGUGUGUGUGUGUAUAUAGCAGCUUUUUGAAUAAAGGACGUAUUAUCUACAUUGGAGUUAUGUCGAACCAACAUCCUCUAUGAGGUAGAUGUAUGAAGAACACUUAUUUCCACAGCUUAUUAUUUAAUCUGUCCAGGCCUUUGGUUUUGAUAUUUACAGAUGUUUAUAUCCAUGGUAUUCAAAAUACAUUUGUUAUCAUCCAUUAUGGUUCUAAUUGAGGGGGACUUAGGUUUUGGGUUCCUUUUCCCCUGUGCAAUUGUUAUUGAAUCAUAUGUCAUCUUGGUCACCUUGGUUUUUAUGUAACUAUUUGCAAUGAAGACAUCAUCUGGUAGCGUGAUAACAUGAAUUUUUCUACAUGCGGUAUGUAAAUAAUUUAGUUAAUUAAUCUGAUGGGCAUUGUUUUAAUUACCUGUCAAAUGCAGGGAGAUGUUGCCAUGUAGGACACAUGUCUUAAAUUUUAGGGUGCCUUCAAACCAAAAUGCCUGCGACGUGUUGUGCGUGUGCCGAUUCACUGAAUGUGUGUUUGGAGGUAUGGUGAAGUGGAGAACAUUUGAGGUGGGAGAAACAUUGUUUUACAUUGGUUGACAGACCUCUAGUCAUGAAUGGGUGCAACAAAAUGUCCCCAUCUCAUCUGUUGGACAGUGUAAAUCUGCCAUUUCAUUCACUUCUAUCCACCUCUACACUGCUCUCUGAAAAAAAGGUGUCUGCUGUGCUUUUGAAGCAUUGUUUGCAUUGGUUUGAAAGUGCCCUUAGUCUUGGAAGUGUACUUAUGUCUCACUUGACUGAAGGACCGAAUACUCACCGUGAUUUCUUUGUGUUGUGUGUGUAUAUGGACACACUGGUAUGAUACGGUCCUGUGUAGUGUGAUCUGGUCUGCCUCUCAGCAGCCAAACAUAUUCUCCAUAUUACAAUUGGCUAUCAGUUCAGAUGAAUGAAGGGAGUAGUAUCUUAAUGUUCUGUCCCAGUACUCUCAAAAGGCUGUGUUUAGACAGGCAGCACAAUUCUGAUUUUUUUCCUUCUCACUAAUAGGUCUUUUGACCAAUCAAGUCAGCUCUUAAAAAGAUCUGAACAAAACAGAAUUGGGCUGCCUGUCUAAACGCAGGCAAAUAACCUAUUCCAUUUUCUGUGACUGCAUUACUCUGAGAGGAACACAGGACACCCAUCCAAUUAUAUUACCCUUCUGUGGCUAUGAAGGAAGGGUAAAAAAGAGACAAGGAAAGUAACUUGUGUAAAAGAAAUGGGAUGUGGCCCUCUGAUCAAGAACCUAUUGGCUGCCCAUCCUAGGGCCUGACUCAUUUCAACAACAGUUGUACUAUGUGUUUAGUGAAGGGUAACCUCUAACCCUUUGCUGAGCAGAUUCAUUGUAUAUUACCUCUGAACUGUGUACCUUGCAGAGAAUAUUUAGGGUGUUUAGAGUAUAUGUUCACACUGGGUAUAUGUGGGUUUUAUUUUGGGAGUUUAUGCAUAGUGUGAUUUUGUUAUUUUGAAGGGGAUGGCUAGAAGUCUUUAACUGGAUGUUGCUAGAGGUAUUUCUGGCUACCUAGUAUCACAUACCUAACUUCCUGACCAUUUUUAUGCACCGUAUUUUGAUCCUUACUAAUACAAAUUCUUGAGUUGAGAUUUAACACUGAAGAUAAAUAUAUUUAAGAUGUAAUGUUACCCAUUUGAAUCUGGAUUUUGUAUAGUGUGUAAUUCAGUGACCAACCAGGGCUUUUGUUCAAGCUCUUUCUACUGUAAUCCAAAGAAUUAGGAUACAUGUGCACAUGCCCAAAAAAAUGUAAAUUAUGGGAAGAUUUAGUUACUUUUGUGUAUUUUUAUUCAAACAUGCAAGUAAAAAAAAGUGUUGCUUGAAUGUACAUGUGAAUCUAUAGAACAGCACCUGAAGGUUUGCAUCAGAUUUCAAAUGUCAUUGUUUACCAACAUACAUCUAUGGACAUGAGUUCUUUAGAGAUUCAUUAAAUUUGUGUAAUCAAGGUGUGUAUCAUUGUCAGCUGCUGUGUAUAAGAAACUUUGCUUUAGAAUAAAAAAUAUACUGCA